CAUGGAAUACCCAGGGUGGGCUCUACGUGAAGAAGCUGCGUUUAAGACGUGUUUGAAAGGUACAAUCAAUGUUACUUCUAAGUUUGAUGACCCAUUUUCUCUUGUGGUUAUUUUGGAGAAGAAAAAUGAUGGCAAUGAUGAUGAUUAUGACAAGUAUUUAAACUAUGUUGCUCUUGAGGUUGGAAAUCAUGCUGCUGAGUUUAAAAUCAAGAUUGGAGGUGAGAAACACACCCUAAUGAAAGAAACUGGUGAUGUGGGAUUAGAUAAAGGAGUUACUCAAACAUACUGGUUCUCUUAUGACCGAGAUGGAAAGGUGAUCAAGUAUGGGAAGGGACAUGCGAUGGAAGAAACAACAUUGAUGAUGUAUGACUUCAAGAAGAGCUAUGAUUCUAAAACAACAAUUUUCUUUGAUAUCCAUCCCAGCACUAAGAGCUCUAUUCUUCUCUACAGCAGUGCCAUUAAGAUCAUAGAAAACACAGCUGAUAAAACAACUGUAGGAUCCAUUGAUUUUGAACCUUGGAUUUAUGUUACAAGGGAACCAAUGAUCUUCACUCCAUCUCCAUCUCUAAAGGAGUUUGAACUAACUGUACAAGAUUUGAUCAAUCCUGAGCACACUCACCCAAACCGUCUACCUUCUGAAUGCAAAAUAAUCUAUGAUGAUAUUAAAAACAUCCAGGUGCUUGAUCCUAGGCUAAUAGAUCUAAUUAGAAAUAGCAUUCAAACAAAAGGGUUUAUCCUCAACAAGAUCCUAAAGCAGAAGGCAUAUCUAAGAAUAACUCUUGGAGAAAAUGUAGGGAACUCACCAGGAUGUCCUAACGUUCUUGAAAUAUGGCCAGCAGGGGCGGAAAGUCCAAUCCACAACCAUGGGAGAUGUAGUGCAGUAAUCAAGGUACUCCAUGGAAGUAUCCAAUGUAGAAUCUUUAAUAAAUUAACAAAUCCUCCAGCUAUAAACCCAACUUCUAUCAAAGACUUUACUGCUAGCAAAGGUGAUUAUACCUGGAUGAAUGAACAAUGGUUCCAAACUCACCAGCUAAGGAAUAUAUCUGAUGACUAUUGUGCAACACUUCAGUGCUACCAAUAUGCACCUGAGGAUGGCACCCACUAUUCUAUGUUUAAUUACAAGGCCCAAGCAGAGUACGCUGGAUUCCAACCAGGGUCAGAUCUCCAGUUUGAGAAGAUGAAGGAAAUGGUUCUUAAAGAGUGGGCAAACAGUUUGCUAGUGAAAGAGAAUCAUUCUUUGCAGGAGGAAAUUGCUGAUAAGCUUAGGAAAUUACAGGCAAUAGAAGUCCUUAAAACCAAUCUGGAGAAUGAAAACCAACGGUUAAAGAAUGUGGAGAAUGAGAACAAGCAUUUGAAGAAUGAAAACAUAAGAUUAAAGAUUGCAGAGGAUGAGAACAAACAUCUAAAGAAUGAAAACAUAAGAUUGAAGAUUGCAGAGGAUGAGAACAAGCAUCUGAAGAAUGAAAACAUAAGAUUGAGGAUUCCGGAGAUGGCGUUAGAUGUUAAGAGUAUUGUAAGAGAUUUAAAUGGAAGAUUGGCCCAAAGCUCCUAGUAUACAUAUAAUUACAAAGAAUAGCAAUGAACUAAACAUGCAUGUAAAAUGUACAUAUAGUAUAAUAAUUAGGCUGAUGGUAAUAG